GCGGAGCAACCUUCUCCUUCUCAUUCGAUUGGGGCCGUGCAAUCGGCCACUACUCUGCCCGUCGCUUCGGAAAUUCAACCUUCCGCACCUGAGACGGAAAUUAGGGCGCAAGUCAUGACUUCGGUGGGCGAGGAUGAGUCGACCGAGGUCAAUUCCAUUGGACACCUGGAAGAGGUUUACACAGGGUCACACGAGACUACUCCCAUGCCCGAGGAUCACGCCCUGGAGCACGUGACCAAACUGACAGAGGAAGACUUCCCACACGUUCCAAACUCUCAGCGGCCCAUUUCUGGCCCUGAACUUUCUUCGGCCGACACCGCAGCCACUGAGGUCAAAUUUCAACCCAUUUUUCCCACCGACGGAAGUGCACCACCUGAGCCCAUCUUUAUGCUAACCUCGGUAGCUCCUGCCUUGGUGGUCGAGAUUAUUCCAUCCGAAUUCCAACUCGAGGUUGGAGAAUCUUCAUCCUUUACUCCCGCCGAGAUUACCAUGAAUCCGUCGGUGGUGGAUAGUGGAAGCUUGGCCAUGGUCCCUCACGAAGAAGCACCUCAAUCAUCCCCUGAUCAGCCCUCUGGUGACAUUUUUGACUUCCUCGAUCAGUGGGAUGCAUCUAUAUCUUCGGCGGAGGCUUCUACUUGCCUUGCCACUUCUUCCACUACGAUCGGGGCCCUACCAAAUUUAGGGGCUGAAGCCCUACUUCGGUCAUACAGAGAUAGAGACCUCAUGUCCCUAGAGGACAAGGAUGAGAGGGACAAGCUCAAGACUGCCAUUGAGACCUUGGCGAACUCCGGCUUCUUUUUAGACCCAUGCUCAGCUGCUAUGAUCACAUAUCUCUUUGGUCGGGUGGAGAAGUUUGUCCCCCGUCGCCGUUCUCUCCUGGAGGAGCAAAGUAUAGGUCAAGACCUGGAGCAGCGGAUUACCUCACGUAAUGCAACCAUGAGGAAGGAGAUUGAGAUUGCUCGCCGAAUGCAACAGGAGACCGCGGAUAUUGAUGAGCAGGUGAGGCAGCUUCAAGAGAAAAAGACCACCAUUAUUGCCAAAGUCUCCGAGAUUUUUCGGAGCAAUAAGCCUCUUGAGGCUCAACUUCGACAGGAUGCGGCAGCCGUGGAAGCGUACCGAGAGAAUAAGCUUACCCUCCAGUCUACCUUGUCGAUCGGAGAUACUGCAAUGAAGAGCUUCAAGACUGCCCUUCGUACCCUUUUCCCAGAUGCUUAGGUUCAUAUUUGGCCAUUGGAUGGCCCAUUUUGUAGUAGACUUUUGUGUAUCUUUUGGAAAGAAUCUUUUUAUGC